AGCAUCAUAAUUACUUUGGUAAUGAUGAGCACCUUGGACCUUUAGCAAUCAGUAUUAAGCGAGAGAAAAUGGAGGAUGAAGAAAACUCAAGUGAUAAUAAAGAAACCAACCACUACCAAUACAGAGUUAUAGUCAGAACCAGUGAACUGGCUGUUCUUAGAGGAAGCGUAUCUGAAUGUUUGAUUCCAUCAUCGUCCAAACAUAACACAUCGCGUAGUUUACCGCACCGUGAUGUACUAGAGUUUAUUGUACCAGAUGUCCAACUUUCAUGUUUACGUCUUGCUACUAACGCACCCAAGAUGAUGGAUAGUAUGAUGAAAAUAGAUGAGCAAGCG